AAAUGGCUUUGAUUUCUAGGUUAACUAUAGCAAUUUUCACAGCAACUCCCUCCAUCUUCCCAUAGUCCCAUUACUACAGCCACUGCCCCCCGGCCCGCCGCGCGCCGUCGCUCACCACACCCUGCGCUCUCAUAUCCCAAGUUCAGCCUUCCGACGAAUCGCCGCCGCAAUCAGGGUUAACUAAACCGGGUAUUCGUUAGCACCCACGGAAUCGAACAGCGAACUGAACCGGGUAUUUAAUUACCUUAAAACUGAACUGAUCAGACCAAACCAACGCACUGCCGAAAUAGAAACGCUCUUCCAUUGUUCCGUUCGAUUUCUUCAAAGCAGCCGCUGAAGAGAACUACUAGGAUAACUCUGCGCCAAGCCACUCUCGGGUAUUUCUCUACACUCUCAUUUCUUCUUUUUCUGCUCGAAGAUUGUCACUCAGGAUUCCAAGCUCGAUUGAAUUGUGGGGAGUUUUUGUUAUUCCCAAGAAUCUCCUCUUCACACUCUAAUUGGCAGUUGUGCUACACAUUUGGUCUAUUUCUGAGCAAACACCCUAUUCUUCAACUCAAGCGUAGUGCUGCCAUGGAUGAAGUUUGCGAGGGUAAGGACUUUUCGUUCCCUAAGCACGAGGAGGGGGUUCUUGAGUAUUGGUCUGAUAUCAAGGCAUUUGAGACCCAGCUCGAGCGCACACGGGACCUUCCUGAGUAUAUUUUUUAUGAUGGGCCUCCUUUCGCCACUGGUCUUCCACAUUAUGGACACAUCUUGGCAGGAACCAUCAAGGACAUUGUCACCCGGUAUCAGGUCAUGACUGGUCAUCAUGUGACUCGUCGCUUUGGAUGGGAUUGCCAUGGAUUGCCUGUUGAGAACGAGAUUGAUCAGAAGCUGGGGAUCAAGAGGAGAGACGAUGUGUUGAAGAUGGGGAUCGACAAGUAUAACGAAGAAUGCAGAAGUAUAGUUACGCGGUAUGUGGGGGAGUGGGAAAAAAUCAUCACGCGUACUGGACGAUGGAUUGAUUUUAAGAAUGACUAUAAAACAAUGGACUUGAAGUUCAUGGAGAGUGUUUGGUGGGUUUUCUCUCAGCUCUACGAGAAAGGUCUUGUCUACAAAGGUUUUAAGGUCAUGCCAUAUAGUACUGGUUGCAAGACACCACUUUCAAACUUCGAAGCUGGUCAGAGCUAUAAGGAUGUCCCUGAUCCUGAAAUAAUGGUAACUUUUCCAGUACUCGGGGAUCCCCAAAAUGCGGCUUUUGUGGCUUGGACAACUACUCCAUGGACCCUUCCGAGUAAUCUUGCUCUUUGUGUUAAUGCCAAUUUUGUCUAUGUGAAGGUUCGCAACAAGGUGUCUGGAAAAGUUUAUGUGGUUGCUAAAUCCCGAUUAUCAGCUCUACCUGUUGAGAAACAAAAAGUGAAUGCACCAAAUGCUAAUGAUUCCGUUAAGUCAAAUCCUAAGAAAAAGGGAUCCUCAAAUUCAAAAACAGAGAACUCAGUGGAGGACUCAUUUGAGAUAUUGGAGGAAGUAUUGGGAGCUUCUCUCGUGGGUAAAAAGUACGUGCCAUUGUUUGAUUACUUUAAGGAAUUUUCUGAUGUGGCGUUUAGAGUUGUUGCGGAUAGUUAUGUCACUGAUGAUAGUGGUACGGGGAUUGUCCAUUGUGCUCCUGCAUUCGGUGAAGAUGAUUACCGUGUUUGCAUUGAGAACCAAGUGAUCAAUAAGGGUGAGAAUUUGAUUGUUGCAGUCGAUGAUGAUGGUUGCUUUACAACAAAGAUUACUGAUUUUUCUGGACGUUAUGUCAAGGAUGCAGACAAGGAUAUAAUUGAGGCGGUGAAGGCACAAGGGAGGCUUGUUAAAUCAGGAAGCUUUACCCAUUCUUACCCUUUCUGCUGGAGAUCUGAUACUCCCCUUAUCUACAGGGCUGUCCCAAGCUGGUUUGUCCGAGUCGAGAAACUAAAGGAGAAAUUACUAGAAAACAACGAGAAGACUUAUUGGGUGCCUGACUUCGUGAAGGAGAAAAGAUUCCAUAAUUGGCUAGAGAAUGCAAGAGAUUGGGCUGUCAGUCGAAGUAGAUUUUGGGGAACACCUCUCCCUGUCUGGGUUAGCGAGGAUGGGGAGGAAAUACUGGUCAUGGACUCAAUUGAGAAACUUGAAAAGCUUUCUGGUGUUAAGGUGUUUGAUCUGCAUCGUCACAAGAUUGAUCAUAUUACUAUUCCCUCCAAACGAGGUCCUGAAUACGGUGUGCUUCGGAGGGUAGAUGAUGUGUUUGAUUGCUGGUUCGAGAGUGGGUCUAUGCCAUAUGCUUAUAUUCAUUAUCCAUUCGAAAACGUUGAACAUUUUGAGAAGAACUUUCCUGGGCACUUUGUGGCAGAAGGGCUUGAUCAAACUCGUGGAUGGUUCUACACUCUCAUGGUUCUAUCUACUGCUUUAUUUGGGAAGCCUGCAUUUAGAAACCUUAUUUGUAAUGGCCUUGUGCUUGCUGAGGAUGGUAAGAAGAUGAGUAAAAGGUUGAAAAAUUAUCCUUCACCAAUGGAAAUCAUAAAUGAUUAUGGAGCUGAUGCUCUGAGAUUAUAUCUUAUAAAUUCUCCAGUUGUACGUGCGGAGACUUUGCGAUUCAAGAAGGAGGGUGUUUUUGGUGUUGUCAGGGAUGUUUUCCUGCCAUGGUACAAUGCAUAUAGAUUCCUUGUUCAGAAUGCCAAGAGGCUUGAGAUUGAGGGGUUUGCACCAUUUUCUCCCGUGGAUCAAGCCACUCUUCAAAAAUCGUUCAAUGUGCUUGACCAAUGGAUAAACUCUGCCACCCAGAGUUUAGUUUAUUUUGUCAGGAAAGAAAUGGAUGGCUACCGACUCUACACGGUAGUUCCAUAUCUUCUAAAGUUCCUUGACAACCUUACAAAUAUUUAUGUGAGGUUCAAUCGCAAGAGACUAAAAGGCCGUACUGGGGAAGAAGACUGCAGGAUAGCACUCUCUACUCUGUACCAUGUUCUUUUAACAUCUUGUAAGGUCAUGGCUCCAUUUACACCAUUUUUCACUGAAGUUUUAUAUCAAAACUUGCGGAAAGUUUCUGAUGGGUCAGAGGAAAGCAUUCAUUACUGUUCUUAUCCUCAAGAAGGAGGAAAGAGAGGUGAAAGAAUUGAAGAAAGUGUUACAAGGAUGAUGACAAUUAUUGAUCUUGCUCGCAACAUUCGGGAGCGUCAUAACAAACCUCUUAAAGCACCUUUGAGAGAAAUGAUAGUGGUUCAUUCUGAUAAAGAUUUUCUUGAUGACAUAGCCGGAAAGUUAAGAGAGUAUGUUCUUGAGGAAUUAAAUAUAAGAUCUCUUAUCACAUGCGAUGAUACAUUGAAGUACGCAUCCCUCCGCGCUGAGCCAGAUUUUAGUGUGUUGGGAAAGCGUCUUGGAAAAGCUAUGGGAGUCGUGGCAAAAGAAGUCAAAGCAAUGUCACAGGAAGACAUCUUGGCUUUUGAGAAAGUGGGAGAAGUUACAAUUGCUACUCAUUGUUUAAGGUUAUCUGAAAUAAAGGUUGUCCGGGAUUUCAGACGACCUGAUGGUAUGACGGACAAGGAAAUUGAUGCUGCUGGUGAUGGUGAUGUACUAGUGAUUUUGGAUUUACGACCAGAUGAAUCUCUAUUUGAGGCUGGUGUCGCUCGUGAGGAUUUGAGCUCGGGGACGACAAUUGGUACUGCCCGGCACGAUGGAGGACUCUACUUCGUGAUUGAUGAUGCUUCCUCUAGGAAUGAUUAUAGGACUAGCCUUGUCUCCUUAAAUUUUUCUAACUCUGAGAAUGAUUUUCUGUUAUGGCAUUAUUGCUUAGGACAUCCAAACUUUCAAUACAUGAAAUACUUAUUUUUGCAUUUAUUUCGCAAUAUUAAUAUGUCUUCUUUAAAGUGUGAAGUGUGUAUUCGUAUCAAACAGAGCCGUGUCUCCUUCCACUCUCAGCCCUAUAAACCAUCCAAACCCUUCACCUUAGUCCACAGUAAUGUUUGGGGUCCCUCACUAACCAUAACCUCCAUAGGGAAACGUUGGUUUGUCACUUUUAUAGAUGACCACACUCGGCUUACUUGGGUCUUUCUUCUCAUUGAUAAGUUCGAGGUGUUAUAUAUAUUCCAACAAUUUUAUGCCAUUGUGGAAACCCAGUUUAACGUCAAGAUUGGUAUUUUGAGAAGUGACAAUGGGCGGGAAUUCUUAAUGUUUCCUUCCAGGAGUUCCUUGCAUCCAAAUAGAUUAUCCACCAGAGUUCGUGUGCUUACACUCCCCAGCAAAAUGGGGUAGCCGAGAGGGAAAAUCGUCAUUUGGUGGAAGUUGCCAGGUCCUUAAUGCUAUCCACUUCACUCCCGUUUUACUUAUGGGGUGAUGCCAUCUUUACUGCUGCUCACUUAAUCAAUCGAAUGCCUUCCUGAGUCCUCAACUUUUAAAACCCAUUAGACUGUUUGAAAGAGUCCUAUCCUACUACUCGUUUAGUCUCCGAUGUACCACUUUGAGUUUUUGGCUGUGUUGCCUUUGUUCACUCCUAUGGUCCAAACCACACGAAAUUUACCUCCGGUGCUAAAAAAUGCAUCUUUGUUGGGUAUCCACUCCAUCAGCGUGGGUAUAAAUGUUACCACCCAUCCUCUCGCAAAUAUUUUGUUUCCAUGGAUAUCACCUUCCUUGAAGAUCAACCCUUCUUCCCUGUUAGCUAUCUUCAAGGGGAGACAUCUAGUAAAGAGACUAACUGGUGCAUAUAUACAGUUCUCUUAGAGUCAUUUCCUAUCCCCGAACAUGUCGGUCCUAUCUUCCCUACUAAUCAAGUCCCAUGGAUAACAUACUAUAGGAAAAAUCCCAGGAAGGAAGCAACGUCACCUGUUGCAUCUCCGGCUCCGGUCAUGAGUCAAACCUGACAUCAGGUACGUGUAUUCUUGAAAUUAAUAAGAUUGAUACUUGUACUGAGACUAACGAGUGUAGAGAGGAAAAAGGAGGAAAAUGUGCUAACAACACCACUAUAGCAGAUGGGAAGACGACAGUGAAUGACGA